CAAAACAAUAAGAGAGGGUUCAAAUAGAUCCAUGGUUCAGCUCGACGGAGCGACAACAUCAAUUGUGCUGAGCGUUAUAACUACCGUAUGUCUCACAGGCUGACCAAGGAACAGCUGGACGCACAGUUUGAGCAGUUUUUGAAAGAGUCUGUUUCAGAUGACUCUGUGGAUUUGGCCUCCCCUGACAAGCAGCGCCAUGUGAAAAGCAGCCAGAAAACAACAGCGUCAUGGUGGCAAGAUGACCAACACAGCAGUGGGGGAACAGAGGAAGCACUGGCCAAACGCAGAUUUAUCAAAUCCAAAAAACCAGAGCCAGAGAUCCACAAGCUUGUCAGCGAGGAGUCCGUCCACAAACCCGUCCCCAAACCUCGCAGUAAGGCUCCGUCUAAACCUGCUCACUUUGACAAGGCUCCAGAAGCAGCAGCCUUGGACCUUUUCCAACCUGUGGAAAUACACAAGGCUCCAUCUAAGGACUCCUACUCAGAAAGUGUGAGCAGUCGGGCCGGUGGAAACCUUCACAGUUCUGAUGAAAGCAGAGACAGUCCAGGCACUGCCGGCGGUUCCCUGGGGGAACGGGACGAUGCGCCGUCAGAGUCGGCUGCGUCCUUCAGAAAGUCUUUUAGGAAGUCUCAGCCGAUUCAGGAGGAUGACGAGGAGCUGGGAGAUGCCGGUCUCAGCAGAGACGCCCCGGAGACGGAGACGGAGAGCGGCAGAACCCGACCAUGGGAGUCGGCGGUGCCAGCAGCAGCGGGGAACGUGAGCAGCGUGGGGUUGGAUACUCUGGAAGAGGAAGAGGAGAAAGCCACGUUCUUUGCUCAGUUUGAGGCAGGAGCUUCAUCAAGCAUUGAUUACUCCAGGCUGAACAGGGAGUUGGACUUGAGCGGUUUUGCUGUUGCUCCGGACCUCAGGGAAGCAGAGGAAGCCGCUCGGGGGCAAAGGGAAGAUGAUCCAAGCCAGGCCAGAGGAUCUCAAGACUCCCCCGACUACAGCGAAGACUUUGAAGAUGAGGACGACGGGGAGGAGCUGGACCAGAAGUCUAAAGUGUGUCCAAGUCCUGCAGGAGAGUCUCUCUUGGACUCUCUGGGCGGUGCUGGUGGAGACGACCAAAGAAAGGAGACGACUGGCUCGCUGGACAGAGCAGGGCAUUCCCGUGCCCAGAGCGGAGGCUCGGAGAUGGAGGCUCUUCAGGAGGCUUACAGACACAUCCAAACGGUUGACGGUCCAGACGAGCAGCACGUCUCGUGUUUGGUGGCGAGGCAGAAGAGCAGCCGGCCGACGUCUCCAUCCUCUCCUCCUCGCCCCGCUUCCACCACUCAAUCAGACCUCCCUACUGCAGAGGAGCUGAUGAUGCCCAUCCGACCAGAAACCAGCCACGUGAGAGGCUUCAGCCUCCCGUCUGUCAGUGUCCCGGACCCCCCCCAGACGCCCCGCUCCCUGGACAGGACUUUCCGAGUUGAUGCUCCGGCAGAGUCAGAACAAAAGCAGCCAGGAGCAGCUGACCCUGCUUCCGGAACCAACGGGGCCCCGGGUCUGAGGAGCCCUCCGUCCCAGGCCCCGGACCCCCCCAACCAGGCCCCGGACCCCCCCAACCAGGACCUGGACCCCCCCAACCAGGACCCGGACCCCCCCAACCAGGACCUGGACCCCCCCAACCAGGACCCGGACCCCCCCAACCAGGACCUGGACCCCCCCAACCAGGACCGGACAUGGAGCCUCAGGGAGGAGGUGGACAGACUGAUGCAGGACAAUAAAACACAUUCCUCUGACUCAUCCUCCAGUGUGGGCAGAGCCAGGAACCGCCCGGUGAGCAGCCGUUUAAAACAGGCUCCCGGAGGCCCGUCUGUUGUCCCGUCUUUUGUCCGUCCUGCCCCGUCUCCAGGGAGGAGACCUGCGGUGGUCUCUGGUGGAGGCCGGACCCCCGCCAGGUCCUCAGGGUCCAGCAGAGCUGCUGCCAGGGGCAGAGGCCACUCCUCCGUCAGCCAACCCCCACGGCAGCCACCAAACACCCGGCCUCUGAAGAAGAGCCCAGAGGAAGGGGACAGGAAGUCUGCAGAGCUGGAGCUGAAGGGUGGGCUGGCGGCAUCUGUCCAGUCCUUGGUGGCCGUUCUCCAGCAGCAGAUGGACACCAGUCGUCAGGGAGGUGCACAGGGAGGUCCUGAAGAACCCAGACCUCAGCAAGCUCCUCCUCAGAUCAGUAAGCCCGAGGAGAAGUGUGAGGUGGAGGAGCUGAGAGCCCGGCUGGCCCGGAGGGAGAGGGAGCUGCUGCUGAUGGAGAAGGAGGCGGAGGAGCUGAAGAAUCUCCGGCAGCACAACUACCUCCUGCAGAGCAAACUGCAGAAUGCAGAAGAGGCCAGUCAGAAGAGGAGAUGGGUGGAGGCUGCAGACCCUGGAGACAAGUUUAAGAGAAUGGAUAAAGAACUGACGGAGCAGGAGACUCUCAUCAAAGGUUACCAGCAGGAAAAUGAGAAGUUGUAUCUGCAAGUGAAGGCUCAGCAGGCCAGGAAUAAGGAGAACGAGGAGGCGAUGUUCAAGGAAAACCAGCGGCUGCUGGCGGAGCUGACCCUCACACGGGAGCAGCUGAGGAAACCCUCCCAGCCUGCGGGAGGUGUGUGCGUGGGUCACGUUCAGCGUAUUUCAGACUUGUUAGGUCAGAUCAGUGUACUCCAGAGGAAGGAGACUGAGCUGCUGGAGGGAAAUCGCAGGCUGAACCAGCAGAGGCAGAGUGUGCAGGUGGAGCUGCAGCUCAUGAAGAAGGAGAGAGACCUGGCUAGAGCUCAGGCCGUCUCCAGCUUAGGAGAUAAGACGUUUGAGAUCCGUGUCCUGGAGGACAAGCACAAAGAGGAAGUGGCAGCCUUGAAGAAGAAGCUCCAGUGGUUUGCUGAGAAUCAGGACUUACUGGACAGAGACGCGAGCAGGCUGAAGGCUGCCACGGCCGAGACCCACCAGCUCCAGGAACAGGUAGAAAAACUGAAACAGGAAGUAGGCAGAAGGAGCAGUGAGCAGCAGAAAAAGCCCAGAGACAAAUCUGUGGACACGAAGAGAAUCCAGGACCUGGAGAGACAGGUGAAGGAACUGGAGCAGAUUCUGAGACGCAGAAACCCAAACUCCCUGCCCGCACUGAUCUGUGCCGCAGCGGCGGCUGCUGGUCCCGAGCAGAGCGGCUCUGCAGGCUCGGCCUCGGCCUCGCCCGGCCGGGUCAGCGCCCUGCUGGAGCGCAGGGUGCAGCACCUGGAGGCGGAGCUGGAGGGGAGCAGUGAAGAGGCCAAGCGCUGCCUGCGUGCCAUGGAGCAACAGUUUCACAGGAUCAAGCUCCGCUACGAGCAGCAGAUCUCUGACCUGGAGCAGCAGCUGCAACAGAAGCAGCAGCGUGAAGCAGCAGCCGGGUCGGCUCCGGGACAGUCACAGGAAAGUUCUCAGGAGAAAGAGAGCCACUCCCUCCAGCAGCAGCUCAAUAACAAGGUGCAGGCGAGUCCAGGACGACACCAGCGUCCAGCCGAGGCUGCUGUUGGAGCUCGGCUGGAGCGGCUGAACCAAGAGCCCGGCACCAGGACAGGCUGCGUUCAGGAGCCCAGCUGCACCGGGGAGAGGUUGCAGAAAGAAAGGAGACCCGACCCGCGGGCAGAGAAGCGCUCUGCAGAGUCCAGACGCCGGCCCGGCUGCACCGCUGCAGGAGGAGACACGUCUGCAGGAGGAGACACGGCUGCAGGGCCACAGGCAUUUCCAGCUGCCCAGUAUGAGAAGACCUACCAGCCCGCCGUCUUCUCAGGGAGUCACAUCUCCGAGGUUCUCCAGGAGAACGAGGCUUUGCAGCAGCGCGUGGAGCUUCUCCUCCUGCAGGGGGAGCAGGAGAAGGAGGCGCUGAGAGCUGAAGCUCUCCAGGCCCAGGAGGAGCUGUGCAGGAUGAAGCAGCACCUUUUAGAGCAGCUGUCCUGCGUGAAGGCAGAGCACCUCAGGGUGCUGGAGGGCCUGCGGGCCGCCCACGCCCUGGAGCAUUCAGCCUCCAAGGUGGCAGAGCUGAGCAACAAGCUGAGCUCUCAGGAGAUAUCCAUGAAACAUCUGCAGGAACAGUGUAAGGAACUGCAGGGAUCCACGGAGGCCCUCGCCCUAUCCAAGAGCCGAGAAGACGCUCUGCAGAGACAGCUGAGCCGGCUGCUGCAGGAGCUGAAGGACGCUAAAGACUGUCAGAGCUCCGAGGUGAAACUCCUGCAGAACCUGGAGAACAAGAUGGUGAACAUGGAGCUGAGACACCGGCACCGGGAGGAGGAGCUGACGCAGGUGAUGGGGGGGUCCUGGCAGGUUUCCCCUGACCUGCAGGCGGAGGCCGAGCGCUGGCGGCGUCUGGCCCAGCACCGGAGCAGAGAGCUGGAGGGCUUCCGUCUGGAGCUGGACUCCAUCCUGGACAUCCUGAGACACCUGCAGAGGACGGGGGGGGCCCUCCCCCCCGCCGCCCCCCCGGCAGGGCCACAGGCCCCCGGAGCCGGGGACGGGAGGACGCAGGCCGACAGCUCCUACAGAGAGCUGUGUUAGGGGGAGUGGAGCUCCUUAGAAUGGAAUCAUUUCCUAGAAUGGAAUCAUUUCCUAGAAUGGAAUCAUUUCCUAGAAUGGAAUCAUUUCCUGAAAAUAUAAUAAAAUUUGCA